CAACACUGGCUGCAUGGCCUACCGACGACUUUAUCAACACUCUUUUGACGUCAAUCGAGCAACUUGUCAUUGUAAUGCAAGGCAUAGUUAUCGUGAAAAUAGUCGUGAAAUUAAUAAAAAUUUUGUUAAAAUCCGAAGCUGAAAUUACUUAAAACUCUAAUUGUGAAAAAGUUUGUGCAAAAGUUAGCUUAUAAACGCAGCAAUAUGCUGCACAACAAUAUACAUUUAAUUGAUAAACCUUUGAACGAAAUAUAAAACCGAAUUAGUACAACUCUAACUACAAAAAACGUUGCAAGUACUGCAAAAGAAAAAAAAAAAAUCUACAAAAACAAAAACAAGAAGAAAAACCGAUAGAAGAAGCAGAACACUUUGAUUGAACGACGACGUCGGCAGCUGACGCUGCAGCGCCGCAGCAUCAGGCGACGUCGUCAGCAGCAGUCCCAACCGACGUCAACGCCAUGAAAGUGGAUACCGUUAAAUUGAAGAAGGGCUCCUCGGAGUUAACUUCGGAAUGCCGCGAAUUAAUCGACGAAUUAACCAAACGACGCACACGUGCGGAACUCUUAGAGUUCCUAGACACGGUGCAUGUGUGGAUCUAUGGAAAAUGUGAGCUAUAUCACUGGAUUGAAAUAUUGGAUCGCUUUGAUAAAAUACUCGAGGAGUCGGCACGUCAUAUUAAUGCCAAUGAAUUUGUGCUUGCAUGCGAUACAAAUUUUAGUGAGGAGGAUGUUACCUUGUUGCUGCAUGUGUUAAAUUUUACCACAUUGCUUAUAGAGCAUUCUUUCUCACGACAUUUGUACAAUUCAAUUGAGCAUUUGACACAACUCCUCUCCUCACAGCACAUGGAAAUUGUACUCGCUGUGCUUAAUCUACUAUAUAUGUUCUCUAAGCGCAGCAAUUUCAUACCACGUCUGCCCUUUGAAAAGAAGGAGCUACUCAUAGUCAAACUGUUCAACAUUGCAGAGCGCUGGGGCGAUCCUAAUUAUGGACUAUCGCUCAAAGACUGCUGCAUUGGCGAACCCAAAUUGGAAUUUCUCUAUCAGCUGUGCAUUGAUUAUGUCGAUGAGCAUGGACAUGCUGCACAGCUGGAAAUACCAGAUAUGAUGGAUCUCUGUCGCACUGCAUCGUCGCCUGAGGUUAUUAAAACAAUUUCCGGACAGAUCUCAAAGCCCAGUGAGGCCAUAAAGAUGCGCAUUGCGCAUCGCGUUCGUCUCAUCUCGGGCUUCAACAACUAUAAGUUACGUCUGCAAUUUGUGCAGGCGCGCCUGCAGGCAGUCUCCAUAUUGAUAUAUUCGAAUGCACUGCAGGAUAAUACGGAUAAGGUGCUCUAUGCCGGCUUUGGCGAGGAGCUCUGCGAGCUCAUUGAUAAGGAAGAUGUGCAUUUGGUGGAAAUACGUGCGGCUGUCUUGCGUACGCUCACAUCGAUGCUACACUUUGAUCGUAAUCCCAGUGUACCCAGAGCUGGCUCGCGUUUAAUGAAGAUCGUGCAUUACACUGGCGCCGAGCGUCAAGGUGGCACAUUACCGUUACUUGUACGCGACUGUAUUGAUAAUCUUACUACACAUGGCCUAACCGAGCGUUAUCCAUUGAUCCUGGCUACAUCGCUAUUCUCCUUGCUUUAUCACUUGGCCAGCUACGAGUUGGGCGGCUCGGCGUUAGUCAAAAGCGGCAUGAUGCAGUCGCUUCUACGCGUCAUUAGCUGGCCAGGAGUUGAUCUCGAGCAUAUAACUUUUGUAACACGAGCUGUGCGUGUUAUAGAUCUUAUAACCAACAUAGAUAUAGCGCGUUUUCAUCAAAAUAAUGGACUUAAUGUAUUUAUCGAUCGUUUGGAGAAGGAAAUCAAAAGCUGUUGCCGUGCUUUGGCUGAAAUUGGAAUCACCUUGAAGGAGUCUACUUUACAGAGUGAGCAAAGCAUGCAGGAUAAGUUGGACAGCAGUCUCGAGCAGACAGAGGAUGAUGAAGUGCACACAGAACAGUCAGGAGCAGAAGAUGCCGCCGCCUCGGGAAGCAGCAUGUAUGCCAAUCGAAACCUAAACAACCCGGGGGCAGGAACAUCUGCAGCAGCACUCUUGGACGUAGGCGGACCGUCGGAUAGCGAGGGCGAUGAAAAUACAAAUGGCAAUCGCGUGCAGUAUCCGGCCAACAGUUACUAUGCCCGUCCUCUGGCCGAGCGCAAGGCGGAGUUGAGUAACCAGCUGCCCAGCAGUCUGCAGCCAAAGAAGCCAUCGUGUGUGACACAACGUGCCGCACUCUUGAAGUCGAUGCUAAACUUCUUGAAGAAGAGCAUACAAGAUCAUGCCCACUUCAGCAAUAUGCGUAAUAUAAUGGAAACGAGCUUAACCCAAUCGUUGCGUCACAUAAUAGCCAAUGCCGAAUACUAUGGCCCCUCGCUAUUUCUGCUGGCCACAGAUGUGGUGACAGUCUAUGUAUUCAAUGAGCCCUCGCUGCUCAGCUCACUGCAGGAUCUGGGCAUAACCAGUGUAAUGUUGAAGGCACUGCUGCAAAAGGAUGUGCCUGCCACACGCGAAGUGCUUGGCUCGUUGCCAAGUGUCUUCAGUGCUUUGUGCUUGAAUGAGCGUGGACUAUUUGAGUUCUUGAGCUAUGAGCCGUUUGAUAAAGUAUUGAAGGUGCUGCUCUCACCGGACUAUCUGGUAGCCAUGCGACGACGUCGCAGCUCCGAUCCCUUGGGCGAUACAGCCACCAAUCUUGGCAAUGCCAUGGACGAUUUGAUAAAACAUCAUCCCUAUCUGCGCACCGAUGCCACCGAGGCCAUAGUGCGUCUGCUCAAUGAGCUAGUGCGCCUGGGCUCCGAUCCGAGCUUCAUCUGCUGGCGUGCGAACAAGGAGCCCAGCGUGGCGCCCAGUGCACAAGCCGCUGCAGCUUCGACAUCCACAAACACAGCCAUGGUCAUGGUGGCCGGUGGCUCCAGCGCUGUGGCAGCGACAGACACAAACGACAGCAGCGCCGAGGAGGAUGAAGAUGAUGAGGAAAUGAGCAGCGCCAGUCAGCAGCAGCAGCAGCAGCAACAACAGCAGCAGCAACAGCGACGCACACAGCAGCAGCAGCAACAGCAGCAAGCGGUUGCAGUUGCUGUUGCCGCCGCCGCCGCACCACAACAACAAGAGCGUGAAGCUAUACCGCUCAUCGAUUAUAUACUGAAUGUUAUGAAAUUCAUAGAAGCUAUCUUCAGCAACAGUCCCAAUGGCGAUCAUUGCCGUGAGUUUGUGCAAAAGGACGGACUACGGCCCAUACUGCAGCUACUGAGCUUGCCCAAUCUGCCCGUGGAUUCGCCUGUCUCCACGACCAGCCAGGCUGUGGCGAAUGUCUGCAAAGCUAUAUUGAGUCAAGCGCAGGAAACCAAAGUGCUGGACGUGGCACUGAAGCAGCUGGCGGACAUUGUGUCCCAGCUGAAGCCUCUGAUCAAACACUUUACCUUUCCGGGUGGCAGCGUCUUGCUGGCGGAGCUGGUCUGCUGCCAACGGCUGGAGGAUGGCUUUGCCAAUGCCGAGUAUACGCCCAUUUUGCAUAACAUGAGCUUUGUGCAUGGCUAUGUGGUCAUGCUGGUGCAUCUUUGUCGCAACGCCUCGACCGAGAUGCGCUCCGUGCUGCUGAAGCGUUGGGGCGUUAAUCGUGAGACUGGCGUCCAACUGCUGCAGCAAUUGGUGCAACUCUAUAUCUCGCUCGUCUGGGAGAGCACCAUUCUGCUGAACUUGUGCUCCGAUGAGCCGACACAACAUCCGGACUUGAUUUGGGAUGAGAUUGCAGCGCAGAUGAGCGCAGCCGCCGGCACAGCCGAUCCCAUGACCGAAGCCGAGCUCUCACGCAAGCUGGAGCGUGCCGCAGAGUUUCGCACCAAAUAUACGCCCGAGGAGCAGUUUAGAUAUAUCAAAUCCUUGCUCGCUGCUAGCUCACGCCUGGGCCGCGCCCUGGCCGAGCUCCUGGGCACAUUGGUCAAGCUGAGCGUGGGCUCGCCACAGACACGUCAGCGCCGCAGCUAUGAUCUGAUCAGCAAUACGAACAAGGUGCCCACACCGGAGGCACGCGAGAUCGCACGCAUACUCAGCUCCAUACUGGUGAAUGGAUUUAGCCACGAGAGCAUUCUACCCAAGCCCGUGCCCAAAUUGAAGCUCACGUUUCUCAUUUGCUCGGUGGGAUUCACGGGUCCCAUGCUGUUCGAUGAUAAACGCAGCGCCUUUCAUUUGAUGAUAUCGCAGUUUUGCGCCGAAAACGGUCUCAAGGCAUUCUUCGAGAUGUUCUAUUGGGCGCUGAGUCUGGAGAAUCCAGCACACAAGUUUCCAUUCGACCAAUGGGCAUCGAUGGACGAUUUACUGGCCUCACAUGAUCAGGAUAAGGUCGAUUGUCCCGAGGGCACAGGUGAAUUCCUGGACGCCUGGCUGCAGUUGCUCGAGAAAAUGGUGAAUCCCAGAGCCAUGCUCGACUCGCCGUACACAAUGAGUCCACGCCUGAACUACUUCCCGGACAGCGUGCCAUUCGAGCCGGUCUUCUAUCUCAUACACAUACAUCAGCUGGCCAUGCAGGCGCUGCGCCGCAUCUGGUGCCGCCGACCCAUACCCAACUAUGGUGCGAGCAUGAUAGAGACCAUGAUAUUGAUACUGAAGCACUUGAUAAAGUCGCACCAGAUGCUGCUCGAUCGCUAUCAUACGCGCAUCAAGGAGAUCAAGUUCGAGAAUUUGUAUAUGCGCACAUCCGAGGAUGGCCUGAAUACGGAUCAUGUGAAGACGCUCAUCGACAUGGGCUUUAGGCAUUUCCAUGUCAUCGAUGCAUUGCGUAGCAACAGCAGCCUGGAGGAGGCAACCGAUGCCUUGCUCAACAAUCCCGAGGCGAGCGCAUUGUAUUUGAAUAAUCAGCAGGGACAACAGGCACAGCAGGCUCAAGCCCAGUUGGCGCAACAGGCAACAGCGGAGGCAGCUGCGGCUGCGGCUGCAGCUGGAGCGGUAGCUGGAACAGGCGGCAGCAGUGCCAUGGAAGUUGAUGCCGACGUCGCUGCGCCCUCGACAAAGGCAACGCCCACUGGCCUGGGCAUUGGCCAUGGCCCGCUCAAUGUUAACUAUGACUACAAGCAGCUGAAGCUAAUCUCGCCGCUGACCUUCGACCGCUUCUGCGAUGAGGCGGUGUCGCGCGCUUUCGAAUUCAUGGAAGCCAUACCGGACACAGUCACCAGCGCCGCUGAUCUUAUUGCAGUGCUCUAUCGUCGACUGAGCCAACUGAAUCGUCAGGUGUUCAUCACCAACUUUGUGCGCAACAUCAUACAGUGGGUGGACUUUACGCUGCAGCUGUUCGAGACGCCCAACAGCAGUGAGCCGCCCAAGGCGCAUCGACUGGAGGAGUGCCUGAACGGCAUGACCGCCACUCGCCUGUUUGUGCGCCUGAAGACAUCGACGCUGCUGCUGGAGGAGAACUACAGCGACUUGCAUCGUCCGCUGGUCGAGGCGAUUUCCUCGCAGGAUGCGAUGGUAUCGCUGGUCAAGCUGCUGGACUGCAUGAGCAGCUGGCUGCUGGAGGCGCAAGCGCGUGGCUCCGCAUCGCCGCUGGUGCCGCGUUGGCUGCAGAAUCUGGUGGACCUCAUCGAUGCCAUCGAUAGCAUCUCGCACAUCUUGCAGCGCAAGUCCAAUAUGCGUGCCGUAAGCAGCGACACUUGGCGCUGGUACGACGCCUCCACCGGCAAAUGGAAUCCCUACUCGGACACCAAUAAUGAGCUGAUCAAGGCCGCCUAUGCCGCCGGCGAGCGCUGGCUGCACAUUAACAUCGGGCGCCAGCGUUGCACCGUCAGCUUCAAUUGCAUGACGCAGGUGAGCGAAGCCUCCGGCUCGCAUCGUCCUGUGUUCCCAGCUCUAAAGCUCUGCGAGGCCAUCAGCCUGUUGCAAUCCGCCGCGGCGGGCAACUGCAAAUGGGAGCAUGUGCUCAAUCGCAUCAUACGCACAGCUCCGGACGGCGAAGACAUACUGCAGGUGGAUGAGCUUGUGCCACUGCGACAGCUGCUCAACUUCAAUGAACCCGCCGAUCCCAAGGCGGACUUGAUAUCCGUCAGCACCAGCACACCCACCAUCAUGACCACGCGCAGCAAGGCCAGGCAGAAGAGCCACAGCAGCAGCAGCAACAGUAACAGCAGCACCAGCAACAGCGGCGCCGCUGCCGCCGCCGCCGCCGCCUCAACCGGUGGCAUGAAACAGCCCAAGCCGCCACCGAAUCCUUUGCCCAAGCGCACACAGAAGAUCGUUCUGAAUGAGGAGAACGUCGGACUGGGCAAGUUCGACUGCGGCCGCAUCAUCAGCAGCAUUGUGGCCAUGUUGCAACCCCAACAGUUGCUGCCACAUGAGACGAAACUCUCGCUGCUGCGUCUCUGCGCACGACUCACCCGGAACUUUGACAACGCCCAGACGUUCAUCAAUUGCGGCGGCGUCCGCAUGUUGCUGCACAUGCAACAAGCCUGCAGCUUCAUGGGCUUUCCCACAUAUGCGAUCAUCAUCUUGCGUCAUGCGCUCGAGGCGCCACCAGUGCUGCAGGAGGCCAUGGAGCGUGUGCUGGGCAUGCGUGCUGCGGGCAUUGUGCCGGUCGGACAUCGUGAUCUCGUCUAUGUGCUGACCCAGGUGUCGACGGCAGUGUCGCGUGAUCCGCGCACCUUUGUGGCCGCCGCCAAGGAAAUGCUGCGUGGCGAGUACAUCAUCAAUGCCAAUAGCAAUAGCAGCAGCAGCAAUAGCGGCGGCGGCGGCAGCGGCAGUCUGCUGGACGAGGGACGCGUCAUGGUCAAGUCCAAGUUUGGGCAGCAGCAUGUGCCCGGCACAGAGGCCUCUGGCGGCGAUGCAGCGCCCACACCCAAGCCAGAGCAGGAAGAUGCACGCGUGCAAGCUUCGAUAUCCGUGCUGAAGGAGCUGCUGUUCCAUUUGGUGCAGCCCUGCUGCCAUUAUGGCGGCCACUCCAUCGAUCCGCCGGCCAAUGCGGCCGCCGAGCUGCUGCAAACGGAUCAGCCGCCAGGCACAAGUGCCACCAGCUCCACAGUGACCAAUAUGGACGAUGAUGAUUCAUUACCAGCUACCAGCAAGAAGUCAACGGCAACAGCUUGUGGCGACAAGUUCGAUCCCUGCUGCUGCACCUGGCACAUACCCACGAGUGGCCACACCCACAGCAAGCCGACGCUCUCACGUGCCACAUUGCUCAAGCUGCUGGCGGAUGCCACACGCGCCUACCAAUCGCUCGUGCCGCGCAUACUGCUCGCCCACAAGUACACAGCUGCGGACAGUGUGCUCAUUGCCAGCGGCACUGAGGUGACCUUUCUGUCCGUGCUCCUGGAUCGCUUUCUGCCCCUGACGCAGCGCAUUCAUGUGCCCGAGGUCAGCACCAUGGCACGCGUGCUCAUCUGCUCGCUCUCGGACUGUUAUCAGCAGCCGGGGGUGCAGGUGCAAGUGGCCGAGGAGCUGCAUGCGGCAGUGGCACGCGCUCUGGCCCAGCCGGACUCGGCGGAGAAGCACACGCGGCUGCAGGUGCUGAUGAGCCUCUAUCCCAAUCUGAUUGAAUCACCCAUGCUCUACGACAAGGUGCAUAUGCAUCGCAACACCAUGUACCGCGUCCUGCUGCGCCAGGGGGUCAUGACCUAUCUGACCAAAGUGGCGCAAUACAAGGAUUUGUCCAAUCACAAUACGCUCAGCACGCUGGCCUCGAUCCUGCGUCCCAUGGAGAUUCUGCUGCGCUUCAAUGUGGCCACCACGGCUCUGGGCUCGAAGCGCAUUCUCUUUGGCGGCGGUGCUGGCGCCGCUGGUGGUGCUGCCAACAAUUCUGCCGCAACGGGCGCAAAUACUGUCAGCGCCAUUAUCAAUCGUCGGCUUUAUCCGCGCCUCGCCACGCGCAGCAACGUGGAGCGUGCCAGUGGUGCAGGUGGCGCCGGCUCAGGUGGCUCUGGUGCUGCUGCUGCUGGUGGCUCUGGUGCUGCUGCUGGCGGUGGCGGGGGCGGCGGCGAGAACGUGCUGCGCGAUAUAAUACGCAAUGUCCUGUCGGAUCGUCGUCAUGCCUUUGAGUUUAUCUUCAAUUCGGACGACAUGGCUGUCGACUCGGAGGAUUCGCUUGCCAACAAUGCUGCCAAUGCUUUGAGCAGCUCCAACUCCAAUUCCAACUCUUCGGCCGCUGUCAUCGAUGUUGUGGAGGAGCGCAGCAAUGGACCGGACUUGAUACCACCCAGCAAUGAUAAUUUAUCUGGACCCAGCGGCGGCGGCAGCGGCAGCGGAGGAGCUGCAGCUGGUGGUGCCUCUGGAGUGCGUCCAGUGUUAAACUUUGAUCAACUUUGGGAUGAUUUCCUGCAAUGUGAAGGACUCUUCUUGGCCUCGCGCAUCAACAACGGCAAUGGAGCUGCUGGUGCAAGUGGCUCCAGUGGUGGUGCUGGUGGUGCUGCCAACAGCGGCGGCACUAGCGGUGGCAGCUCUACUGCUGCCACCCAGGCUAAUGGCAGCAUGCCUGCGCCCUCUAGCGGCGGCAGCAGCCUUGCCGAUCCUCGCCUGCGUGACCGCCCGGAGCAGCCGCGUCAGCCGCGUGGCAAUAGCUCCAAUGCCAACAAUGUUGCCUCUGCUAACAGUGCAAACAAUGGUGGCGGCAGUGGCAGCGGUGGUGGUGGCAGUGAUGGCGCCUCCACCAGCUCGGAAACACCCGUCACUGGUGCCGGUGGACGCAAUGCGCGUGAUUUGAAUGCAUCGCUGCUGGGCGAUGUGAGCACCUCAGACUCGGACUCGGAUGCAUCGACGGAGAACGAUGAUCGCCAUGCUGCCGACGAGGAGGACGACGAUGAUGACAAUGACGAUGCCGACGAGGAUGAGCAUAGUGAAACCGAUGAAGAGCGUCCCAGGCAGUUCAUCGAGGUCUUUGAUCACAUCUAUGAGCCGGAGUCCUCGGAAACGGCCAGCAAUGAUGCAGAUGUGGAUGCAGAUGAUGACGACGACGACGAUGAUGAUGACGAUGAUGACGACGACGAUGUCGAUGAUCUUAUUGAGCAGGUUAAUCCAGAUGAGGAUGCUCUAAUAAUCGAUGAGGUACUUGCCCAAGUGAAUGGUGCUGGUGGUGCUACCGGUGGUGCCAACAAUGGCAACGCCACCCAGUCCGGAGCCAGCGCCAAUGCUGCACAGCGUCCACGCCGCAGCGCCGCCGUCGAGCCAUCGACUCUGACCAACGAUUCCCGCAGCAUUGCCGAUGCCAAUGCUUAUCUCUACGAGCGCCUGGAUGCGGAUGUGGGUCCGGCCGUGGCGCCGCACAAUGUCAUGCCACAGCCGCCGUCCGUGAGUUUCCGUGUGCGCGACAUAGCCAUGCCCCUGGACAUUGAUGUCGUUAGCAGUGGCUCCCGCAACUCGAAUCAUGCAGUUAUUGGACUUGCCAACACCUCCACACGUGGCACGACCACCAGCAGCUCUGGGGCUGGCACUUUGCACUCCUCCUCCGACUCCUGGAUGGCACCUGACUUGGCCUUCGUUGCUGGUGCUGGUGCCAGUGCUGGUCCCAAUGCCUUCUUGCCGCCCGUAGAUCGCAACUCGGGCGGAGGCGGCGCCGCCGCCGCUAACAAUCAACACAACAACUUGCUCGACGAUCAGCCCGCCGCGGUGGCAACUGCCGCCGCUGCUACCAACACCAAUAAUGUCGCUGCCACUGCCACCACCAACACCGGCACCCUGGCCUCCACUCAUGCCAACAACAAUGGAACCUUGUGCACCAAUGGCCUGCGACGUCGCCUGCUCUACUUGGAUCAGCAGUACUGCGUCUGCAUGCCCACGCACCAGAGCCCAACAGAGGAGACCCAAAUGGAGAUAUUCACACAAGACGCUCUGCACUGGUGGCUGGAGGAGGCCAAAGCUCUGGACAUGGAGAGUCAGACCGAUGCCUGUCUCUAUGCCGCGCACUUUCUGCUGCCGCAUCUGAUCAAGGAGCUGAAGCUGGCGCACCAGCAGCGCAAGCACGACGAGUCACAGCGACGUCAAGCAGCCGUCGCCGCCGCAGCAGCCGCCGCAGCAGCAGCAGCAGCUCCGCCGCCACCGCCAACAAGCAGCGCUACCCAAACACAAACCACAGGCACUUCAGCUACUGGUGCUCCUGCUGCUGCUGCUGCUGCUGCUCCAGCUGUUGCUGCUGGCGGUGGCACAUGCACGCCACCAAGCAGCAACAAUUCGAAUUCCAAUUCCAACUCAAACUCCAACUCGAAUUCGAAUUCGAAUUCAAAUUCGAACAGCAGCACCAAUUCAAGCUCAACUCCCGCCGCAGCGAUUGCUGCUGCCGCCGCAGCUGCCUCUGCCGCCGCCGCUGCCUCUGCUGCAGCUGCCGCCGCCUUAUCCGCUGCCGCCAGCAACAAUUUCCGCAGCUCCAUACCCAGAUCGAUCUACUUUCCCUCCAUGCAGUAUGUGAAUACCCCAUUCUUCGACCCACCAGUUGCGCCGCCGCUGCCCGCUAGCGCCAUCACGGGCACACCCCAUGCCAACAAUCCGUACUCGAUCUGCGCUCUGCGAGCUAGCCACCGUAGAUGCAUACAGUCCAGCUGCUCAGCAUGCCGCGUCGCCGUACUGUCUCCGGAACCACCACCACCACCGCCGCCGCCGCCUCCUCCUCCUCCCGUUUCACAGCAAUUGCCGCCGACAGCGACCACAUCGACAUCCACGUCCACAUCGGCCGAACUGCCGCCCGUCCCCCAGCUGCCCAGCAGCGGACGUCCCUCCCGCUCGCGCACUCGCCAGGAGGAAGCAGAGCUGUAUGCCACCACUGAGCAACAGGCUCAACACGAUCAACGUCAGAGCACAACAGCCGCCCGUCGCAGCAUCUUGCCCAAUGCGCCGCCAAGUGGACGCAACUCGACCGCACCGUUAUUCAAUCGCUCAAAUCGCGAUAUGGUGGGCGGACGUCUGCAGCGUCCCAGUCAGCAGCGUUCGAUGCGCUCCAAUGAGGAGAACUGGCGUGAGGAUUUGCUGAGACUGGAUAACGAUGAUUUGAAUUACCCGCUGUCGCCAUCGCUAGAGGUGGUGCCGGGAUUACUUGACUUUCCGGAGCCAUCGCCGCCACCGCCGCCGCCACCACCACCGCCCAUCGAAAUAGAGGAUGAUCCGGUUGUGGAGGUGGUGGACGAUGAUGAUGAUGACGAUGAACCGCCGCUACCGCCAGUACAGCUGGAGGCCAUGCUGCCACCACUGUCUACUGUCUCCAUAUCUGAGCUGGCCGCCCAGCUCUGGGCCAAUGAGCAGCCGGCCAACAAUGAGACUGCUCGCGCCACAGCGCCAACUCCGCCACCACCAUUGGACUUGGAGGUGGAGGAGCUGGCCAUAGAGACCGAAGCUAGCUCCGAUCCGGAGGACAACAACUCGGCCAACAAUGCCAACAAUGAACCCGAUUUGAUAGAAGUCGUACCGCCAAUUGGAUCAGUUCCACCACCACCACCACCAGCAGCAGAUGUUGCCGUAGUAGAAGAAGAAGAAGAAGGAGCUGCUGGUGGCGCUGAGGCUGGCGCCGCUGGAGUAAGCAACACGACUACAGCCGUCGCCACCACCGCGCACAUGUCGGCCGAGGUGCGUGCUGCUCUCGGUGAUCUGGAGGUGCCCGAGGGUGUGGAUCCCUCGUUCCUUGCCGCGCUGCCCAGCGAAAUGCGCGAAGAGGUGAUCCAGGAGCACUUGCGCAUGCAACGCAUUCGCCAACGCGCCCAACAGAAUGCCAUCCAAAUUGCACAUGAUUCAUUAGUCGAGGUGAAUCCCGAGUUCCUAGCCGCCUUGCCGCCCAACAUACAGUCCGAGGUGCUCAUGCAGCAGCGCAUCGAGCAACAGCGCCAGGCCGCCCAAAGCGCCAACCCGGAGGAUCCGGUAGAUACAGCUGCAUUCUUUCAGAAUCUGCCCGAGAAUCUGCGCCAAACUAUACUAACUGACAUGGAAGAGUCACAGAUCGCCAGCUUGCCACCAGAACUGGCGGCCGAGGCGCGCUUCUUGCGUCGCGAUUGGGAAGUGCGCAAUGGCGCCAGACUGGAUGCUCAUCCGCCCAGCAACAAUGCGCUCUCUGCGCGCUUCCAGACCACACUACAGAACUUGGACGAGGCUCGCUGGCACAGUGCCAUCUGGUACGAUGCCAGCGGCAAUGCACAGCAGCAACCACAGCAGCAUCACCAGCACACGACCAUUGUGCAUCAUCAUCAUAUUGCUCCCAGCACAGGCAAGCCAUUGGCUCUACUCAUGAUGGAGGAUGAGAACAUCCUGCUGGAUCCGGACUCGUUGGCCACACUGCUGCUGUUCCUCUUUGUGGAGGAUCAGAAGGUGAACAGCGUGCGGCUGCAUCGCGUCAUACGCAAUCUGUGCCACCACGAGCCGACCAGAGAUUGGAUAGUCAGAGCGCUGAUUUCGAUUAUACAAAAGACAAACGAGGACAAUGCCAACUUCAACAUUGCCCAGGGCACAGGCAGCAAGCCCGAGUGGCUCAAGCUGCGCGUCGAUGCAGCCUUCGGCUACAAGAGCAACAUAUUCCUGAUUAACGAGGAGGGACGCAUCACCAUUAAUCCGCAGGCGGCGCAGAUGAUAGUGCGCAACUGUCUGGACUUGCUGUUCGUGCUGGCCAAGCAUUAUCCCUAUAGCUUUGUGCCCUUCAAUCGCGAGACGCGUCCGGGCGGCUACGGAGCAGCGGCCACUGCGCGUGUGGGCAACGCCAUGAGCACCGCUGAGGCGCGCUCACGUUUGCAUCGCUAUCAGAUGGCAAAUCGCUUGCGCAGCAUGCUGGAUGAGCCGCAACUGCAGCCACCCGCUCUGCCGCAUGAUGAUUCGCCGUCUACUUCGCGCGCGGCAGCAGCCAAAGCCAGAGGUGAUGCUAAAACUCCACCACGUAACUUUAACUAUCAGACCAACGGAUCGAACUUCUGGGAUGUGGUCUUGAACAUUGAUCAGCAGACUCAGGUGCGUUUGGCCAAUGUUGGGCACUUUCCCAUAACCUCGGAGCCCGCUUGGGUGUGGGAAGCCAAUCUGAACGAGCACUUGGGCUUCAAUGAGUCACCCUUUUGUCAGCUGCUCGAAAUGUUGCCCUAUAAAGUGAUUUGCCGCUCGCCGCAUCUAACGGAUAUGCUGGUCAAGCUGCUCGCCUCGCUGAGCGUCGAUUUGCCCAAGGAGGACGAGGUGUCGCUGGGUCUGCAGCAGCUGCCCGCCUUGGUGCCCAUCUCGGCAGCAGAGGCAGUCACUCCACCAGAAUCGCUGGCAGACACGCCCACGUCCACGCCCACAUCCACACCCAGAUCUACACCACCAGCUACGCCAAUUCCGUUCAAGGCAAAUCGUCGCAAAAUCUACGCCAAGAACUUUUCACAGCUGCAACUCGUUAUCGAAGUCCUGACCCAUCAGUGUGGCACCACCGAAGGCUUGGACAACGUUACCAAACUGAUUGUCAAUCUAACUCAAUGCUCGCAAGCAUCCAAUGCGAUAUUCGUCAAGUAUCUAACCGCUGCCAUUCUGGGCCUGGCAGAGGAAGUGCGUGAGGCUAUACAAACCUUGUUGGAUGAAAUACGCGCCUAUAAUCAAGUCAAACCCACUACCUCGGAGGCGGCCAGCACCAGUGCAGGAACCGCCGCAACAGCCGCACCCAUGGCCUUACCAACAGCCUCACCCUCAUUGAACACCAAUCUGACCGCAGUACAAGAGGGCACCAUGCAGGAUCGUUUUACAGCCGAAUCUGUGAUCAUAUCAGCGCCUAAGAAUGCCAAACCCAGCUGCGAGCUGCAGCUGCCCUCGAUGAAGAAGCUCAUGUCCAACACAUCAGCCCAGCCGUAUUUCCUGCGCACCUUGAAGAUCUUCAUGCAGGUGCGUGACAUGUUCGAGAUGCAGCAGCAGGCCUGUCUAAAUAUUCUGGAUCCGCCCCAGCCGCGUGGGCGACAACAGCAACAAGGGGGGGAACAGCAGGAACAGCACGCAGAUCCAGAUGCACAACAAGCAGACGACGAUGACGACGAUGACGAUUCAUCCGACAUCGAACAUCAGCAGCUGCUGGACAUGGUGCGUGACUUUAAUCACCAGAUGGAAACUGAACCAGACACAUUGACACAAGAAAUUAAGGAUGCAGUUGCCUCUGGCGUCGGACGUCCCACGCUUAGUCAGAUACUUUGCCUGGAUGUGCUCUGGCAAACGUUGAGCGAAUGUCUGGUUGCCCUGGAGGAGUCCAAGGACGAGUUUGCCGUCCUGGUGCUGCAACCAACUGUGGAAGCUUUCUUCCUCAUUCAUGCCUCGCAUCGUGUGACACCCAAGAAACCAGGACGUGGUCAAAACGCAAAUGCCGGCGCAGCUGCUGGCCGCGGAGCAGCUGGCGGCGCUGCCGCUCCAGCAGAGCAGAACAGUCCACCACCACCACUAGAUGAUACCAAUAGCAGCAGUAAUAGCAAUCCAGAGCAAAAUGCUAGCAGCUUGGAAGACGACGCCCGCUUGGGUGCAGAUGGCGCCAAUAGCAACAGCUCAAGCAGCGGCAAUGCCAACAGCCCAACCGGCGGCGCUCCACAGUCCGCGUUGACAGCCCAUGAGCAGCAGCUGAAACAGGAUCGCCAAAAGUUCUUGCAAUUUGCCGAGAAACAUCGCACAGUGCUUAAUCAGAUAUUACGUCAAUCCUCGACACACUUGUCGGAUGGUCCAUUUGCCGUGCUGGUGGAUCAUACGCGCAUCCUUGACUUUGAUGUCAAACGCAAGUAUUUCCAAACGGAGCUAGAGCGCCUGGAUGAGGGCAUACGACGUGAGGAGCAUACAGUGAGUGUGCGUCGUGUAACGGUAUUCGAGGACUCCUUCCGUGUGCUCUAUAGACUGGGGCCAGAGGAAUGGAAGAAUCGGUUCUAUAUAGUCUUUGAGGAUGAGGAAGGCCAGGAUGCUGGCGGUUUGCUUCGGGAGUGGUAUGUGAUAAUCUCGCGUGAAAUCUUCAAUCCCAUGUAUGCCUUGUUCUGCGUAUCGCCGGGCGAUCGCGUUACCUACAUGAUAAAUCCAUCCAGUCAUGCCAAUCCCAAUCAUUUGAGUUACUUUAAGUUCGUGGGACGUGUGAUUGCCAAGGCUGUGCAUGAUAACAAGCUGUUGGAAUGCUACUUCACACGCUCCUUUUACAAGCACAUUCUGGGCAAGCAGGUGAAACACACGGACAUGGAGUCACAGGACUAUGAGUUUUACAAAGGACUCGACUAUCUGAUGAAAAACGAUAUCUCAACGCUGGGCUAUGAGCUCACCUUCUCGACGGAGGUGCAAGAGUUUGGCGUUACCCAGAUACGUGAUCUCAAGCCAAAUGGACGCGACGUUGCUGUCACCGAGGAGAACAAAUUUGAGUAUGUGCAGCUUGUCUGCCAACUCAAGAUGAGCGGCUCCAUACGCCAGCAAUUGGACGCAUUCCUUGAGGGCUUCUAUGACAUUAUUCCAAAGCAUUUAAUCUCCAUAUUCAAUGAGCAGGAGCUAGAGCUUCUCAUAUCCGGCCUCCCAGAUAUUGAUAUUGAAGACCUAAAGGCCAACACUGAAUACCAUAAGUACACAUCCAAGUCGGCACAGAUACAAUGGUUCUGGCGAGCUUUGCGCAGCUUUGAUCAGGCAGAUCGUGCUAAAUUUUUGCAAUUUGUCACUGGCACAUCAAAGGUGCCGCUGCAAGGAUUUGGCUCGCUUGAAGGCAUGAAUGGCAUUCAGAAAUUCCAAAUACAUCGUGAUGACCGUUCCACAGAUCGUUUGCCUUGUGCCCACACCUGCUUCAAUCAGCUGGACUUGCCUAUGUACAAGUCGUAUGAUAAGCUGCGCAGCUGCAUGCUUAAGGCCAUCCAUGAGUGCUCCGAGGGCUUUGGCUUUGCUUAAAGCAAUACAACACAACACAAAACAACACACACAACAAAUUCCUAUAUUGUAAACUGCGACGAAAAUUCUUAGAACAGC